AUGCAGAGGUUCCAGCGUGCUAGGAGUGGCACGCUUUGCAUCGUCGCGGCCGCUGCCUUGCUGUGUGUGCAUCAAUCAGUCAGCACCAGCAGCACCAGUGCUGCGGACCUCUUCGUGCUUCCGCCGCAGCCCCUCGAGAGAGAGUCUUUGCGCUCCGCGUCCGUUGAUUCAACAGCAGCCAGCACUGCCAACUUGGCAAAGAACAUUGUGGGCGCCGGGGUGCUUUCACUGCCUGCCGGGGCAGGUAAAGUCUUAGAUGCUGCCUCUAGCUCCGGUGUCGGCACUCACGAGACGAACGUUUCAGCACUCCUGUGCCUGUACGUGGUCUUCGGUAUUCUGAAUGCUUACGGCUUCUACCUCAUCGGUGAAGUGUGUGAGCGCACAGGAGCUCGCACGUACCAGGAGGCAUGGACACGGACACUUGGCAGCCAAUUUGCGUGGAUGCCAAGUGUUGCAUCUGUCAUUUGCAGCUUCACUGGCAUGGUAGCCUGCGUUGCUGUAAUCGGAGACACGGCCUCGCAGCUGCUUACGUCCAUGGGACAGGACUUUGUACACAAGGAUAUGCUUCUGGGAGGCAUCUCCUCCCUUGUGCUGUUCCCUUUGUGCUUGAUGCCGUCCCUGUCACCUUUGGCCUUUGCGUCUGUACUCGGGCUCAUCGGCGUCACCGUCCUAUCCUUCGUGAUGGUACUACGUUGGUUUGACGGCUCCUACGAACUAGGAGGCAGCUUCUACAGCGAUGCCAAGACAACCUUAGACCUGCUGACUAAGUCGCAAGCACCAGCUCAGUCCGACAACAUGCUAUUCCAGCAGCUUUGCAUCUUUGCAGCCAUCCUUUCAAAUGCGUUCUCCGCACAUUUCAAUGCGCCUACAAUUUUCAACGAGUUGGAGCCGCAGCCGGAUGCCAGAGGAAACACGAGCCGGCUCCCGCAGCUGGCGACCGUCACAACCUCGGCCUUUGCCUUGUCAGGCUUGAUCUUCUGGGUUAUUACAAUGGCCGGCUUUGAGACCUUCGGUGCUCAUGCAGAUGCAUCCGUCCUCAAUAGCUACUCAGCAGCCGAUCCUUUGGUUGCAGUGGCGAGGGCAGGCCUCGGACUAUGCGUGCUCUUUGAGUUCCCACUUCUUGAACGCUGUUUCCGGCAGACCGCUGUGGAAGUCCUUGGCAUUCCCAAGCAGAUCGAGCAAAAUGCACUCGCUGUGGCCACCUCUGUUGGGCUCUCCGUGGCUUUGGCCUUCUUGCCUGGCUUCGGUUUGGACAAGACCUCUGCCUUGGGAGGUGCGCUUGGGGCGUCCUUGCUCAUCUACAUCGCUCCUGCGCUGAUGGUCCUUAACUUGCGUCCAGCAAAAGCAG